CAUGACUCCCAUCUCCAUCAUAGGCGCCAUCUUUAGUUUUGUUGUGAACAAGCCAAGGCGACGCGUUUUUCAGUCCGUUUUUCCGCAAAUUUGCCCAAUUUUCUGCCAUUUGUGGCCCCAUUAGUUGUUUUCCGUGCAUUGUACAACGUGUGCGUGUGCUUCCGGGGACACAAUUAGGUCGUAGAGAUGACGAAGGAAGUGUCAGAGAUUGACCCGACGGAUAUUGCAAAGCAUCCGGAUGUGAUUAAAAAGGCUCUUGCGGAUGUCAGCAGUCUGGAUGUGCUGGUUUGUGGUAGCUGCCACACAGCUUUUCACUAUAUUGAAGAAUUCACCGAGCAUAAGGCUAACAAAUGCACAGGAGAGUCGAGUUUAAAGGAAUGCCGCGAGACAAAACCCAAAGUGUGGGCAUUUUUGCUGUGGAAGGCAUGUCAGAUGAAAACUGAGGAGGAUAUCACGGCAAAUUCGUGGAAAUUGUAUCAAACAUGGGUGAAGUUGGAUGAGAGUGUGAGGGAGACGUGGGUAUUGGCUGGUAAGACCAUUCAGUCAUUUGCCCGAAUGGGUCAGGGGCAAUUGCAGGAGAUGCCCGUGAAAGUAAUUAAGCAGAUUGUAGAUCAGCCAAAAGCUGCAGCAGCAGCAGAAAGCAAUGCAGCAAAUAAGAUUCCCGUGAAGCGUCCAGUGAUGCCGGGAAAGAAGUCAGAGAGUGAACAAGAUGGCGAUACGGCAACAACAGAUGAUGAUUUUUCGCCACAGCGUCUUCCAGUGGCGACAAUGCGGCAGGUGGUGAGAAAACCUGUGACUAAAUUGAAUGUUACCCGACCACCGGGAGCUCUGCUCAAUAAGAAUGUACCCCGUCUGGCUACAAGGACAAUGACACCGUCUGGGGAUACGGAGGAGCAUUCUGUGGAUAAAAUUCUGGCCAAGAAGUUCAAUCCGCGUCGUCGGAGUUUUGAGUAUCUCAUCAAAUGGACCAAUUUCACGCAUGAACAGAACACAUGGGAGCCACAGCAGCAUCUGGAGAAGUGUCCGGUGCUGCUGCAGGCCUUUGAGAGUCAAUUGGCAUUUCAGAAGGAACAGCGAGCCGCUAAGGCGGCCGAAGAGGCCAAAUCGUCCGAUGGGGAUAGUCCGUCGCGUCCUGUGCGAAAUUCAAAGGCCAAGGCCGUGAGUCAGGUGAAGCAAUGGUGUGCAGAUGAGGAACCAGUAGCUGGAGCACCGAAGCGCAAGAGUGACGACAGUGACUACGAUGUGGAAAUGGAGGAGGAACCGUCAGAUGAUCAACCGGCCAAGAAGAUGCCCAAGAAUGAAGCUGUCAAUCAAGCUCUGAUGCGUGCCGGACAGUCAGGAACAGUGAGGAUUGUGCCGGUCAACAGGAGUAAUACACCGCAAAAGGCCACAGUAAAUGGUUCAGCACCGAAGCCGCCGGAGAAGAAUUCGGCCGAAGUGGUCAUCACCAAUGUCCGGGAUAAGCCAACUGGGGUCAUGCGUAAGCCCGGAGUGACUCCAGCAGCUCUGCCCACGAAGAAGGAGGCACAGGUGCACGUUGUGAGUCGCGGGGAAGCACUAUCAAGUGGCAUCGUGAGAAUUUCUCCUGGAAAUUCCAAUCAGCAGAGUGCCAAAGUGAUGCCAAAACUCGUUCCAAGAGUAGCGCAACAGGCACGUCCAGGACUGCCCCAGCGUUCGGGUGUGACAGUGAGCCGGGCCUCUGUGGGGCCAACUGCGACUCAGCGACAGCAAGUGGUCAGGCAGGUGUCACCGCAACAGCCGGCCGUUGUACGCAAUCAGACCAUCAUUCGCAGGAGCGUUCCUACCCCACCAACAACAACAACAACUCAGCAAGGUCGCACGAUGAUCACUCGCGUGGUGAAGAAUACGCCCAGUCCAAAGGUCUCAGCUUCUGAGGCCAAGGUGAUGUCCAUGACGCGCCAGGGAGAGCUCAAAGUGGUGCGCAAGGGUAAGGGGAAAGAUGAUGAUCUGUCGGGGGAGGAUCUGGAGGGAUAUGGGGGGACAUCGAGCCAAGGAUCGACCACGAGUCCGGAGCCAACGUACACUCUGUGCCCGAAGACGGGAGAGUUGAAGAAGCCGGGAGGGGGGCAGGAUGAGAAGAAGGAAAUGUUGAGUGUGAAGAAGGAAGAGGAGGAAGAGAAGAAAGAUGAGGAAACUGUGACGGCCAUUCAGACUGAAGAUGGGCAAAUACAGCAGAUUCUCACGAAUGAAGAUGGGAGCCCGGUGCUGGUGACUGGAGAAGAUGGGACAAUUUAUCAGGUGGCCGGGAAGAAUGCCGAGGGUCAGACGCUACUGAUAGCCCAGGGGGCUGAUGGGGAGCAGCAGUGUGUGUAUGUGGCAGCUGAGGAGGGAGAUGAGGGUCUUCUGGCACUAACGGAAGAUGCUGUUCAGUGUUUUCCGGAUGUGGGUGGAUAUUCAGGGUGACGCGAGUGGGCAGAUUGUGUUGAAGGAGGAAGGCAGUGGGGGAACAGAUGCCACACAGCAACUUAUGAUCUCCACCGAUAGUGAUUCCCAGGAUGGGAAUAUUACAGCAGAACUUGUACAGGCGGACAUGCCAUCACCCGGUGGUACGCGACGUGUGGUCCUGAUGCUGCCCGAUGGUAAUUUUAUGAUGACGGAGGUGAAAUUCUAAUGCGAACAGAGAGCACCCAACAUAAAUCUUUAGCCCUAUUUAAUGCCUACAAAAAAAUCAUCCUCCCUGACACUAAAAUCUUCUCCCCAGAAAAGAUAAGCUUAGAUUUAGCAAGUCUUGGGGGCAAUAAGUGCCCCUACAUUUCAGCGCCCAAGCUAUCUUAUUAAAAAUGGAAUACUUCAUAGAAUAGAGACAUGAAAAAUAAAUAAAUAGAGAUUACUUUCUCUUUGCA